AACUUCUUACUUCAUCCUAGAAAUAACAACCGGCCACGACAGCUGUUUCCUUAAAAUGUUUUGACUGAAAAAUUAAUGAUUUUUUAAUAACUACAGCAGAUUAUUUAAAAGAAAGGAUGCUUCCACUACAUAAACAUGAUAAGGAAUAUCGAGGGCCUGGCCUGAUAGGAAAGAUAACAGGAUGGAUGAGAUUGAUAUUCUCAGAAAAAACAUCAAGAAACAUUUUUAUGUUUCUGCUAUUGAAUCUCUCAUUUGCAUUUGUAGAGCUAUCCUAUGGAAUCUGGACAAAUAGUCUGGGUUUGAUAUCUGAUUCCUUCCACAUGUUCUUUGAUUGUACUGCACUGCUGGCUGGUCUGGCUGCCUCUGUUAUCUCAAGAUGGAGAUCAAAUGAAAAUUAUUCUUAUGGGUUUGUUCGUGCUGAAGUUCUGGCUGGUUUUGUAAAUGGCCUUUUCUUGCUUUUUAUAGGAUUUUUCAUCUUUUCAGAAGCUGUUGAGCGUCUGGUUGAACCACCUGAGGUUAGACACGAGAGAUUGUUCUUAGUGUCAGUAGGUGGUUUUCUAGUCAACUUAAUUGGAAUAUUUGCAUUUCAACAUGGACAUAAUCAUUCUCAUGGAGGUGGUGGAGAUCACGGGCAUUCACAUGGUGGACAUGGACACUCACAUGGCUUAGGUUUUGAAGAAAAUAACCAUAAAGACCAUGGGCAUAGCCAUGGGGGUGACCAUGGACAUAGUCAUGAUAGCCAUGGACAUAGUCAUGAACCAAAACAAAAUGCAUCACAAAAACAGAUCAUGCAAGGAGUGUUUUUACAUAUACUGGCUGAUACACUAGGCAGUGUAGGAGUGAUCAUAUCCUCUGGUUUAAUACAUUAUUUUGGUUGGAUGGUCGCAGACCCAGUGUGUUCAAUGUUUAUUGCCAUUUUAAUUACUAUAAGUGUUCUACCACUACUGAGAGAUUCAAUUGGUAUUUUAAUGCAGCGUACACCGAGGGAGUUAGAUGAUCUCCUCCCUGGCUGUUACCAAAGAGUAAGCCAGCUUGAGGGCGUUUACAGUGUCCAAGAACCUCAUUUUUGGACCUUAUGUAGUGAAGUUUAUAUUGGAACAAUAAAAUUAGAGGUUUCUGCUAAAGCAGACUCAAAAUAUAUUCUAAGUCAAACACACAGUAUAUUUUUGCAAGCUGGAGUAAAACAACUUUAUGUACAAAUAGACCAUGCCAUGAUGUAGCAUUUCACAACAACAAUAUAAAGAAAAUGGUGACAGUUUUUUACGUGACAAAUUUGAAUGGUGCAAUAUGGACGAGAAACAGUGCAAGAUGAAAGUUCAAGAGAAGUUCUACAGUCUCUGACCAAAAGACGAUUUUAUCUGUUUUUCUUUCCUGCUAAAUAUAUAGCAUCAUUAUGCUAGUUUUAGCAUCUAUUCAACAGUUUUAGCGUAUCGAUAUAUUCAAUGGUUAACAAACAUUGACAGAUUUAAUGAUGGUAUGCUAGUGUUGGAAUCUAUUAAAGGUUUUAGCAUCUGUUUGACAGUUUUAGCAACAGAAUACCAUUUUUUUAGCAAAAAAAUACCAAUUUUAGCAACUGUAUGCCUUUUUAAGAAAUUUUUUCCAACUUUGAAAUGAAGUUUAAGAUCUGAGAAAUGCACUUGAUACACAAGGUAUAUGUAAGACAUGAAAGAUGUGAGAAAUUGAUGACAAAACUUUCGCAAGGGUUUGGAAUGAAAUACUAAUUUUUCAAGCACAUAAUUCGGGAUAUGCAUUUACCAUUAUUCAUCAGCUGUUAAAGAAGUUAAGUUGAAAACAUCAUCUGUAAAGUGCUACUUAGGUCAUUGCAUAUUGCAUUUUUGACAUUGGUGUGUUUUAAUAAUAACCGCAUUUUCUG